UUUCACAACUUGCGGUAUAUGAACAGACGCACCACAUGGCUGUAUCAUUAAAUUUUAUGAAGCACUACAUCAAAGUGACUGCGACUCCAUUAAAAUGCGGACCCGUUACAGCAAUACGUGAAAGGGGUACCACAUUUAGAAAAAAAAGGUAUGGAAAAGGGUUACCUUUUCUGACAAAAUGGCAUAAUAAAGGGUAAGGGGUUGGACCUUGGGGUGGAGCCUUCCAGUAUAGGACUUUGUGGAGUACCUUCUUGGACAAAAAUUCAUCCGGAAAUUCUAAGAAGACGUAAUGUGAUUUGUAACACAUGUAUGACACGUUUAAUGGAACGAUAAUGUAGCAAAUUCAGUAAUGGUGUUCUGAACAUUGUCCAAGAGAGUACCUCUGCUCUGAAACGUGAACUUAUGGGCGUACUUUUUCUUUCAGAUUUUCAAGGGCACCUUUCAUUACUGCGAAGGCAACAGAGGUCAUGUGACCAACAAGUCCGAGUGUCAGAAUGACAGUGGCAGAUGGGAGAACCACAUGUACAAUUUUGACAACUUACCAAAUGCCUUAGUAUCACUCUUUGUAUUCUCCACACGAGAUGGAUGGGUAGAAAUAAUGCACAAUGGUAUCGAUGCAGUGGGAAUCGAUAAACAGCCCAUCAAGAACUACCGGGAAUGGAGGCUGGCGUAUUUCAUUCCUUUUCUAAUGUUAGGAGGCUUCCUUGUGCUUAACAUGAUUGUGGGGGUGGUGGUGGAGAACUUUCAGCGCUGUCGCGAAAAAUUAGAGGACGAGGAAAAGCAGAGAAGACGACGAAAAUUGCUGGAAAAGAACAAAAAUAGGAACCAAGAAGAAGUAGACCGCACAUAUUAUGAAAGUUACAGCACUUGGCGCCGGCGCAUUCAUGACAUGUGUCUUCAUUUGUACUGGGACGUCACUAUUGCCAUGGUGAUUUGCCUGAAUGUAAUCUGCAUGUCAUUAGAACAUUAUCAGAUGUCUCAGGUAAGAAAUUCGAGCUCGAUACGAGCCCUUUGAAUCCCGAGGUGUCAUUCUCCUAACGUCAUUCUCAUGCAUUAGUCAGUGGUGUCAGUUAAGUAGUAAAGUCUGUAUACGAGCUAAGUGGCCCAUCCGGUCGGAGC